AUGGACGCUGUCUGGAGGUCCAGCUCUUCUCCGCGGCUCACCAGCGAUGUAGCAGUAGUGGGUUCUAGUCCAAGUUUGCGCUGCAGCAGCGACACCACCAAAUGCUACGCCGAGGCGUUGCGAAGAUGCGGGAGCAGCCAGAACCUAUGGGAAGGCAAGAGGCUCCACUUCCUCCUCAAGUCCCGCGGCUACGACGGCGAUACGUUUCUCGGGAAUUUGCUCGUCCAGAUGUAUGGUAAAUGCGGCGAGCUGGAUCAAGCGCGAAGUGCCUUCGACCGGAUAGUCACCAGGAACGUCUUCUCUUGGACAAUCCUCAUCCUCGCCUACUUCCAGAACGGGCUCUUCCGGGACGCUCUCGAUGCCUAUCAGGAGAUGAAGGACGAUAGAGUGGAGCCCGACGACUUCAUCUUCUCCAUCGCCCUGGGUGCCUGUGGAGCGCUCGGAACUGACGCCCUCGAGGAGGGACGGGCGAUUCACUCGCACUUGAUCGUUGCGUCUUCCAGCGGCGGACAAGCAACGCCACCAUCUUUCGGCAAGAGCAGCAUCGUCACAACUGGCUUGCUGGACAUGUAUGCGAAGUGUGGCAGCGUUGAGGAUGCUCGGAGAGCCUUCGACGUGAUGGAGCGCAAAGAUAUCGUUGCCUGGGGAGCUAUCAUCACGGCCUACUCGGAGCACGGAGAUGGAAAGACCACCCUGGAAAUGUUUCGAAAGAUGGAGCUGGACGGAACCAAAGCAAACAUGUACGCUUACUCUGGAGUGCUGGACGCUUGCUCGAGGUUGGGAGCUCUCUCCGAGGGCAUAGCCUUCCACAGCCGGAUCAUCGCUCUUGGAUUGGAAAAGCACCUGGUGGUGGCCACCGCGAUCGUCACCAUGUACUCACGAUGCGGGAGAAUGCACGAAGCCAGGAUCGCAUUCGACACAGUCAAAAAGAAAGAUCUCGUAUGCUGGAACACGCUGCUCGCCGGAUAUGCCCAGCACGGGCAUAGCAACGACGCCCUGCAAUUAUUCCAAGAGAUGGUCAUGGAGUCGUGCGAAAUGAACCGAGUUACCUUUAACAGUAUCUUGCACGCUUGCAGCCACACCGGACUUGUGGAACUGGCCAGGAGUUACUUCGUGUCAAUGACGAUGGAUCACGGCAUUUCCCACGAGGUCGACCACUUCGUGCGCUUGAUUGACGUUCUCGGCCGGGCUGGAUGGGUCACUCAAGCCGAGGAGGUGGUGGACGAGAUGCCUUUCCAGCCGACGAGUGUUAUCUGGGUGACGCUACUCGGUUGUUACAAGAUGCACGGCCGCGUGGAGAGAGCCGAGCUCGUUGCCGAUCGCGUUCUGGAAUUGGAUCCGGCGAAUACCGCUGCGUUUGUGCUCCUCUCCAGUAUCUAUGGCCGAGUUGGGAGGUGGGAUGACGUCCGGAGAAUUCGACGAGCGAUGCAAGAGAGAGGUUGGAAGAAGCUCCCAGGACAAAGUUAUAUCGAGAUUAAGAAUAGGUUGCACGAGUUUGGCACGACCGGCAAGCUGCACCCACAAACUGAUAAACUUAAAGCCGAGUUGGAAAGGCUGGACCGGCAAAUGCAAGAAGCUGGCUAUGUACCUGAUAUGAACGAGGUGCUGAGGGAUGUUGAGACGAUGGAAGAAAAUGUGGAGCAUCUCGGCUAUCACAGCGAAAGAGUUGCUUUAGCUUUUGGUUUGUUGACAACUGAUCCUGGCACCCCGCUUCAAAUCGUCAAGAACUUACGGAUCUGCUCCGAGUGCCAUGCUGCAAUCAAAGUCACUUCCAGGAUCGUCGGCAGAGCUAUAGUUGUAAGAGAUGUAACAUGUUACCAUCACUUUGAGCAUGGACAAUGCUCCUGUAAAGACCACUGGUGA